AUGAACGUGUCUUCUGAGCAUUGCAACAUAUCAGAUUGGCUGAGGCUGGAAGCAUCGGUGAAGGCCUCUGUGUAUUUGGUUGCUUUCUCCUUCGCCACAUUCAUCACCAUCGUCAUUGUCACCAUAGUGUCACAGGAUCGGAAACUGAGGAAAGAGGUCCGGYACAUCCUCCUCUGCCACCAUCUGCUGUGCAUCUCCUCCUACUGUGGCCUGGGGGUUGUUUUCCAAGGAAUGCGGGCCCUGCUGGCCCACAGCCCGCGGCUCAUCUGCUGGGUGGUGUUUGGGGUGCAGCUAAGUGUUGGAGAAGGGAUUCUCUGCACUCUGGCCUUGAUGGCUCUCAACACUUACCUGGCGAUUUGCUGGCCACUGAAAUCUCUGUCCUUUGUGGGUUCAGUUAAGUACAGGAUUCUGGCUGGAACUUGGACGACCAUAAUACUCAAGAACGUCUGCUUAUUCCUCAUCGAGGUCACUAACUUAGCCCCCAUUGCUGUUUUUAAGUUGGAACCCCUAUGCCCUGUGACCUUGAAUAGCAUUCCUGCCAGAGCCACGGGCUUGGUUUUCCUGUUCCUGCCUUUAUCUGUCGUUCUUCUAAGUUACUCUCUGAUCUAUCGAGAAGGGAAACGAGCCGGCCAUUUUGAUAGGUCCAACCUCAAAGCGAGGAAAACAGUUCUUAUUCAUUUAGUGCAGAUCAGUCUACACGUACUGCCAACCCUGAUCAUCUUGGGUUUAGGCAAGAGGUGUGGGGUGUCUUUCUUUGCUCUAAAUCUGGUGCUUUUUGGUGUCUUUGCAUUUGCCCAGUGUUUUAACCCGCUGGUCUACGGGCUUCAGAACACAGAACUGCGGAGCAGGUUGCACCACGAGGUGUGCUGUCGCCUGGGCUCUGGUCACACGAGGAGCAGCAGAGGGCCGGUCUAG